AUGCCUAAACAACAGCAACAGCAGCAGACUCGAGAUAUGGAGUUGGACAGCCUUGUUCGUCAGUCACCCCUCCUCCAGCCACGCACCCCCUCCCCUUCGUCCCCCACCAGUGCCCUUGAGCUGCCCAACAUCCCUUCCUACCACCGCUUACCCCCCAUUGCCCUUCCCAGGCAGCUAUCCGGACUCUCCAACCCUGGCUUCCAUAUUGAGGAUGACCUUCCCUCCGCACGGCACUCAGGGAGCUCUAGGCUUAGUUUGCACCCCGCUGUCAAUGUUGAAGAUGUAGAUUCAGAUGGAGAGCUAGGCAAGAAAUCUCACAAAACACCCCAAGUUAUCAAUCACCAGGGCCCAAACCUGAAAACUCUGACAGUGCCUGGAGUCCCCAAACCUAACCGCUCAAGGAAGCAGCAGAAUAUCUGGAACAAAAUAAAAAAACUCUACUCUCAAGACAACGCAGAUGAGGAUGAGAGAGAGACUGCAGUCCGUGCAUGGCCCAGUCACAGCAGCCAGAGCAGCCUCCUCAGUGUGGAUGAAGGGUUAAAAGAACGACCAGCCUCCUCUGCUAGCCAGACCAGCGCUAUUGUCAAUGAUCGCUUGCAGGAGUUAGUGAAGCUGUUUAAAGAGAGAACAGAACGUGCUAAGGAGAAGCUCAUUGAUCCAGAUGAGUCGGAUGAAGAUACGCCUCCUGCUAGCCCUGCUAAAGCUGCUGCUGCGCCUCCUGUAGACCAGAAGGUGGACGAGGCCCCCCCACCCCCGCCCCCAACACAGGGGGAGGAGCAGGAAUCCACUCCGCUCUGCUGCCAAGGCAGGCUGGGAUCUUGCCUAAGAAGAAUGCUGCAGUACCGUUUCCCCGCCAGCAUUGACCCCUUCACAAAUUUGGUAUACGUCCUGUGGCUUCUCUUUGUUACCUUGGCGUGGAACUGGAAUGUGUGGCUGAUCCCGGUGCGUUGGGCUUUCCCCUACCAGACACCAGGCAACCUCUACCUGUGGCUGCUUACAGACUAUCUGUGUGACACCAUUUACAUCCUGGACAUCUUAGUCUUUCAGCCCCGGCUACAGUUUGUGCGUGGCGGGGACAUUGUGUGUGAUAAAACAGAGAUGCGGAAAAAGUACAUGAAAACCUUUCGGUUCAAGAUGGAUGUCUUUAGUCUCGUUCCCCUUGAGUUAUUCUACUUUAGAACCGGUGUCAAUCCUCUCUUACGUUUCCCCCGACUACUGAAGGUCAUGUCUUUCUUUGAGUUCAAUGAACGUCUAGAGGCUAUCUUGACCAAACCUUACUUUUACAGAGUCAUCCGUACUACGACAUAUUUGCUCUAUUCCUUGCACUGUAAUGCCUGCCUGUUCUACUGGGGUUCUGCUUAUCAGGGCCUGGGCUCUACCCAGUGGGUGUACGAUGGAAAGGGAAACAGCUACAUCCGCUGCUAUUAUUUUGCAGUGAAGACGCUGAUCACCAUCGGAGGCCUUCCAGACCCCACCACACUGUUUGAGAUUGUGUUCCAGCUCAUCAACUACUUCGUUGGAGUUUUUGUGUUCUCUAUCAUGAUUGGUCAGAUGAGGGAUGUGGUUGGUGCAGCAACAGCAGGAAAAACCUACUACAGAUCCUGCAUGGACAACACAGUGAAAUAUAUGGCUGCAUACCGGAUACCCAAAGAGGUGCAGAACCGUGUAAAGACCUGGUAUGAGUACACCUGGCAGUCUCAAGGCAUGCUCGAUGAACAAGAGCUACUAGUGCAGCUACCUGACAAGAUGAGACUGGAUAUUGCAGUAGAUGUAAACUACUCCAUUGUCAGUAAAGUUGCACUCUUCCAGGGUUGUGACCGCCAGAUGAUCUUUGACAUGCUGAAGAGCCUCAGAUCUGUUGUCUACCUGCCAGGGGACUAUGUCUGUAAAAAGGGAGAAGUGGGUCGAGAGAUGUACAUCAUCAAAGCUGGGGAGGUGCAGGUUGUUGGUGGUCCAGACGGGAAGACAGUCUUUGUCACUCUGAAAGCCGGCUCUGUGUUUGGGGAGAUCAGCUUACUGGCCAUAGGUGGAGGGAACCGGCGCACAGCUAAUGUCAUUGCCCAUGGCUUUGCCAACCUCUUCAUUCUGGACAAAAAGGACCUGAAUGAGAUUCUAGUGCAUUACCCGGAAUCUCAGAAGCUGCUUCGGAGAAAAGCCAAGAAGAUGCUGGCAAAGGACAAAAAGCCUGAGGUCAAGAAGGAAGCAAAAAAAGAAAGAGCCCAGGUCAUCCCUCCUCGAGCUGAAACACCCAAACUCUUUAAGGCUGCUCUUGAGAUGACAGGGAAGUCAGGCCUCAAGGGUGCCCUUUCCAAACUGAAAGAGAAAAACAAGUCCAGUGUCUCACUUCAGCCCUCCCUGGCAUCAACUCUGCUGACACCUUCGCCCACCUCAGGGCAGCCUCUGGAACCAGAGCUCGAUCUUCUGUCUCAAAACUCAGGGAGCUCUCCAGUGACUCGCAAAACAAAGGCAUGUCAAAGGGAUAAUGCUACCUCUUCCAAGGAGCAGGAAGGUUUGGAAGAGGAAAAGGAGAAUAAAGUGAAGGAGGAAAAAAGGAUGAAAUGAUUGGACAUACCAGGAAAUCAUUCCUUCUUUGAUCCAAAUACGCAUUCUUCUCCUCUCUCCUCCAAAAAGUGGUGAUCAACAUACAAUUUCCUGAGGACUUAACUGUCAUGUAAUUUUUCUGGGUAAUGGCAUCCUUCAUACAAUAGAGACAUUGCUUCAUGUCUUUGGGGCUCAACUGUCAGAUGAUGACGAUUACUUGUAGUGCAAUCCCUUGUUGAAAACAUUGAAUUGAAUAUAUGUUAUUCAAGCAGAAGAGAUUUUUGAGGUGUAAGCAUAGUACUGCCAUCUCCAUAUGUCUUAUUGGCUGCUGUUGCUGUUGAAUAAAUGCCUUAACCUGAACCAUAAAUCUACACUGAAAACAUAAUACACAACAACUGUGCUCUCCACUCCUCACUGUCUGUCAUUUCCCCCUCCCUUUCCCCCGUCUUACAGAGGCAGACAUCUCUAGAUGCAGAUAGUAUUGGUGUGUUAGUUGUUAAGGAGAAUGGCUGAGACUGAGUGGACUCCUUAACAUGUUGUCUUGGAUACACUUUAAUCCAUAGUAUAUGGUGGUUAGAACAAAGAGAGAAAAAAAAAGGCAAGAAAUAACACUAUAAAUCACAGUAUGCUUAUCCAACAGAUGUCCCAAUCAGACGAUGAUGGUGAAAGGUUGUGUAAGAAAUGAUGAACACUGAGGAGUGUUAGAAAAGAAUGAUACCUCAGUCAAUUGCCUUUUUUUCAAAUGUUAUUUUAUUUGCCAUUUUUCCCUACAAACUGAUUUCAAUACAGAAACAUUGUUUUCUCUUACAUUAGGCAAUGUGAUUGGUAUGCAUAAUUUACAUUACAUAUUUUACAUUACAGGUUUACAAAUGUAUGAGACAUUUAUACUUAUUUGUCUUUUAUAUUAUUAUUAUUAUUAUUAUUAUUAUUAUGUUAUUUUAAGAUAAGCAAUGGGUUUCAUGGAGAUGUGCCCAGGUCUGUUGUAUGGUUGGCUACUGAAUGUGUUUUGUUGUUGUUGUUGUUUUUAGUAGAUUACAUCUUUUUGUGAGUCCUCCCUUUUAUUUUUUAAGUUUCUAGCCAUGUUUUUCCCCUGAGACCUCAUGCAAAAUUAUUUCACAAAUAGUUUCUUAUGUGAAACAAGUUCUUUGUGGACUUAUGCGAGUAUUACAGUUGACUGUGAAACAAGUUCUUUGCGGACUUCUGAGAGUAUUCCAGUUGACUGUGAAGGAUGUCCUCCGUCAGCUGCACAUUAGGCAUAGGCCUCCCUGUAGGCCUAAAUAAGCAGUGAACAUAGAGCAGUGGUUGGAAGAUUGUUAAUCAUUAAAUCACUGAAUUACCUUGAAUAAACGUCAUCACUUA